CCUGGCUGAGGCUCCUUCGCCAUUUUGUGUCUCGAGAGUCGCUUUGUUGAGGACGAAGCAGCAUUUCAUGAUUGCGAAUUUGAAGGAAUAAUUAUUUGAGUCCCGUAGCAGUACGUUGAUUGUUAGCAGUUAAACGUAUAUAUUACAAGGACAGUAAAUCGCUUAUGAGCUAGCCAACUGUUGAAAAGAGAGUGGCUUUCUUCUUGACUAGCUAGCAUUGACUCUGGUUAGCAUAGCUAGGCUAACAGCUCUAGAAACGUCGAACAAUCGACGCAUAUAAUUAAACGUUUCUCUUAAUUUGAUAUUAUCAAACCACAACACUGACGACCACCGUGCAAGACUCGAAGACCGAGGAGAUGGCGAGCUCCGUGGGAAACGUGGCUGACAGCACAGAACCGACAAAACAACGUAUGCUUUCCUUCCAAGGGUUGGCCGAGCUGGCGCACCGGGAGUACCAGUCGGGUGACUUUGAGGCUGCCGAGCGCCACUGUAUGCAGCUGUGGAGGCAGGAGCCCGACAACACGGGCGUGCUACUGCUGCUCUCCUCCAUCCACUUCCAGUGUCGCAGGCUCGACAGAUCUGCCCACUUCAGCACCUUGGCCAUCAAGCAGAAUCCUAUGCUGGCUGAGGCCUACUCCAACCUGGGCAACGUGUACAAGGAGCGCGGCCAGUUGCAGGAGGCUAUAGAGCACUACCGCCACGCCCUGCGGCUGAAACCAGACUUCAUCGACGGGUACAUCAACCUGGCAGCAGCCCUGGUGGCAGCGGGGGACAUGGAGGGCGCCGUCCAGGCCUACGUCUCAGCCCUACAGUACAACCCUGAUCUGUACUGUGUCCGCAGCGACCUGGGGAACUUGCUCAAAGCCCUGGGGCGUUUGGAAGAGGCUAAGGCGUGUUACCUGAAGGCUAUUGAGACUCAGCCUAACUUUGCGGUGGCUUGGAGCAACCUGGGUUGUGUGUUCAACGCCCAGGGAGAGAUAUGGUUGGCCAUACACCACUUUGAGAAGGCUGUGACUCUGGAUCCCAACUUCCUGGAUGCCUACAUCAACUUGGGCAACGUUCUGAAAGAGGCUCGCAUCUUUGACAGAGCGGUGGCUGGCUACCUGCGUGCCCUCAGCCUGAGCCCCAACCACGCAGUCGUCCACGGCAACCUGGCGUGCGUCUACUACGAGCAGGGUCUUAUCGACCUGGCCAUCGACACGUACCGCCGUGCCAUCGAGCUGCAGCCCCACUUCCCCGACGCCUACUGUAACCUGGCCAACGCCCUCAAGGAGAAGGGCAAUGUAAGGAAGAACACGGUGUCCGAAGCUGAGGAGUGUUACAACACGGCCCUGCGUCUGUGUCCCACUCACGCAGACUCUCUCAACAACCUGGCCAACAUCAAGAGGGAGCAGGGCAACAUCGAGGACGCCGUCCAGCUCUACAGGAAAGCCCUGGAGGUGUUUCCAGAGUUUGCAGCGGCCCACUCUAACCUGGCCAGCGUUCUGCAGCAGCAGGGGAAACUCCAGGAGGCCCUCAUGCACUACAAGGAGGCCAUCAGAAUCAGCCCUACGUUUGCUGAUGCCUACUCCAACAUGGGCAACACUCUGAAGGAGAUGCAGGAUGUCCAGGGAGCUCUGCAGUGUUACACCAGAGCCAUCCAGAUCAACCCUGCCUUCGCUGACGCUCACUCUAACCUGGCCUCCAUUCACAAGGACUCUGGUAACAUCCCAGAAGCCAUUGCUUCAUACCGUACAGCCCUGAAACUGAAGCCUGACUUCCCUGAUGCCUACUGCAACCUAGCACACUGCUUGCAGAUUGUGUGUGACUGGACAGACUAUGAUGAGCGUAUGAAGAAGCUGGUGAGCAUCGUGGCUGACCAGUUGGAUAAGAACCGGCUGCCCUCGGUGCACCCCCACCACAGCAUGCUGUACCCCCUCUCUCACGGCUUCCGCAAGGCCAUCGCUGAGAGGCACGGCAACCUCUGUCUGGACAAGGUACAGGCCCUCAUCAAAAUCAAUGCGCUCCACAAGCCGGCCUUUGAGUACCCCAAAGACCUGAAGGCCAGCGCGGGUCGUCUGAGGGUGGGAUAUGUCAGCUCUGACUUCGGGAACCACCCCACCUCCCACCUCAUGCAGUCCAUCCCCGGCAUGCACAACUCUGAGAAGUUUGAGGUGUUCUGCUAUGCCCUGAGCCCAGAUGACAACACCAACUUUAGGGUUAAAGUAGUGGCCGAGGCCCAUCACUUCACUGACCUGUCACAGCUCCCGUGUAACGGUAAGGCAGCAGACAGGAUCCAUCAGGAUGGACUCCACAUCCUGGUCAAUAUGAACGGCUAUACCAAAGGAGCCCGCAACGAGCUGUUUGCCCUGCGCCCCGCUCCCAUCCAGUGUAUGUGGCUGGGCUACCCAGGGACCAGCGGAGCUCCCUUCAUGGACUACAUUGUGUCAGACAAGGAGACGUCCCCCUUCGAGGUGGCAGAGCAGUACUCUGAGAAACUAGCCUACAUGCCACACACCUUCUUCAUUGGAGACCACGCUAACAUGUUCCCCCACCUCAAGAAAAAGGCGGUGAUUGACUUCAAGUCUAACGGCCACAUCUUUGACAACCGCAUCGUUCUGAAUGGUAUCGACCUCAAGGCCUUCCUGGACAGCCUGCCUGACGUCAAGGUGGUCAAGAUGAAGUGUUCCAUUGGGGAGAGUGGCGCAGCAGAAACCAACGGGGCUCUGUCCAUGCCCGUCAUCCCCAUGAACACAGCGGCUGAGGCCAUCAUCAACAUGAUCAACCAGGGACAGAUACAGGUCACCAUCAACGGAUUCACCGUCAGUAAUGGACUGGCCACCACACAGCUCAACAACAAGGCGGCUACAGGAGAGGAGGUUCCUCGUACCAUCGUGGUGACAACCCGCUCCCAGUACGGGCUGCCUGAGGACUCCAUCGUCUACUGCAACUUCAACCAGCUCUACAAGAUCGACCCUCCCACCCUGCAGAUGUGGGCCAAUAUCCUGAAGCGGGUUCCCAACAGUGUUCUGUGGUUGCUGCGUUUCCCUGCGGUGGGCGAGCCCAACAUCCAGCAGUACGCCCAGAACUUCGGCCUGCCCGGCUCCCGUAUCAUCUUCUCCCCCGUGGCGCCCAAGGAGGAACACGUGAGACGGGGCCAGCUGGCCGACGUGUGUCUGGACACGCCACUCUGUAACGGACACACCACCGGCAUGGACGUCCUCUGGGCCGGGACACCCAUGGUUACAAUGCCAGGUGAGACCCUGGCGUCACGCGUGGCAGCCUCUCAGCUACAGUGUCUGGGUUGUCCUGAGCUUAUCGCCCACACCAGACAGGAAUAUGAGGACGUGGCUGUCAAACUGGGCUGCGACAUGGAAUAUCUGAAGAUGAUCCGGUCCCGUGUGUGGAAGCAGCGUAUCUGCAGCCCUCUGUUCAACACCAAGCAGUACACUAUGGAUCUGGAGAAGCUCUACCUGCAGAUGUGGGAGCGUCACGCCAGCGGCGGCAAGCCAGACCACCUGGUCAAACUGCAGCCCGUCGAGAGCAGCGAGAGCACCUGAAGUCCUGGACCCUGGGUACGUCCCAAAUGGCACCCUAUUCAGUGCACUGCUUAUGACCAGGACCUAAAGAGGACGUGGACAAAUGUAGUGCACUACAAAAAAAGGAACCGGGUGCUAUAUGGGAUGCAGCCCCCCGACCAGAUGUCCCAUCGAUCGAUGCACGCCGCCCCACCCUGACCUCUAACCUCACCACCUGACCCUGUCCAACUCCAGCCGCCCCACCCUGACCUCUAACCUCACCACCUGACCCUGUCCAACUCCAGCCGCCCCACCCUGACCUCUAACCUCACCACCUGACCCUGUCCAACUCCAGCCGCCCCACCCUGACCUCUAACCUCACCACCUGACCCUGUCCAACUCCAGCCGUCCCACCCUGACCUCUGACCUCACCACCUGACCCUGUCCAACUCCAGCCGCCCCACCCUGACCUCUAACCUCACCACCUGACCCUGUGCAACUCCAGCCGCCCCACCCUGACCUCUAACCUCACCACCUGACCCUGUCCAACUCCAGCCGCCCCACCCUGACCUCUAACCUCACCACCUGACCCUGUCCAACUCCAGCCGCCCCACCCUGACCUCUAACCUCACCACCUGACCCUGUCCAACUCCAGCCGCCCCACCCUGACCUCUAACCUCACCACCUGACCCUGUCCAACUCCAGCCGCCCCACCCUGACCUCUAACCUCACCACCUGACCCUGUCCAACUCCAGCCGCCCCACCCUGACCUCUAACCUCACCACCUGUCCAACUCCAGCCCCUCCAGAGCAGUAGAAGCGCCUGGGCUGGAACUGACCCCCACUUGCCCUUCUCUCUACCCCUCCUGCCCAAAGCUCUGCGCCUAUCUACUCCUAUUUAGCCCCUUUCAACCCUCCCCUGUGACUUGGACUCUUGUCUGUUGUAGAGCCUGCAGGUGUGUCCACCGUUUCAUCACCUCAUCCCACCUUCUCCCUCCUCCACUCUAGUCAUAUCCCAUCCAUGUCUGUUUCCCUGAGCCAGACUGAGCCAGAACCACUUUGCUCUUCACCUGAGACUCUUCCCCAAACCACAGCUUCCAUACAGGGUACGAGAGGACGAGGUGGAACACCCUCUCCAUCCCGCCCUCCAUCCAGCGCCUGGAAGAGACUCCCCGUGGCUUCUUCUCUUCUCUGUGUGUGUAUAUGGGGCUUGUUACACAAGCCUUCAUCAAUGUUUUUCCAUCGCAAUGUAAUAAUGUAAUCUGCAGUAAGAGUAUAAAGGGACUGUUGCACCGCAGUCUGAACAUCUAGUAACUCUAGUCUUGAAGUAAAAACGUUGAAUCAGCUUAAACAGUUUGUUUUUAGUCUGCAGCUGCUCUUGGUUUUUUUUCAUCUUAGGCUAUUGGUUAUUCAGGAUGAGAGUAGAUGCCGGUGUUUAUUAUCACAUUUCAGAGAGAAAGAUCAUAACCGCUCCCUUCCCCCACCACCACCAAAUGCCAACUUUAAGGAUUUUGUCAUGUUUCAAUGUAAGAAAACAAAAAAAUACUCUCAAUUGCUUUGUCCUCUUGUUCGAUGUCACGCACUAUGCUGGUUAAGACCAAACCGUAUGGAUAAACUGGACAGACAGGAGGUUCUUGUCAGUACGACCCAAUUGAAAGGCCCUGUAUUUCUUUCACCCUUAGUUAUGCCCACCUCACCCUACGUAAUGAUUGAUUUUAUCACUUCAACCAGGAAUGGCCUAGGUAAGUAUUUUCUAAGCAGUUUUAGUUUUGUUACUCGUCUUUCAGUGAACUGUUUUAUUUAAGCUUUGUCUGGUAUGCUGCAAGGCUCUGACUCCAUUUCUGUUGAAAUAAAGAAAAAUAUGGUAAA